CAAACAAUUUAAAGCUUUAGUUAAGUUAGAUCAGGUGUUGAGUUAAAGUUGUAUAUCGGAUGAGUGUGAAAAAAUAGUUUAUUGAAAAAAAGUUAAAAAUAAAAGAUAAACAACAAAAAAAAUUGAAUGUAUAAAAAAUAAUAGUAAAAAGAGAAUAAAGAGUGGAAAAUAACGAAAAAUAUACAUAAAAAAUAAAAAAAAAAACAACAUUAAAAGUAAAAUUGCUUUAAUAAUUUAUUGUUAAAAAAUUUAAGCCGAAGUCUUCAACCAAUCCACCACAAUACAACAAAAUGAAGAGUUUUAUUUGUUUAACAAUUGCAGUAACUUUGUUGGCUGCUUCUGCCAUGGCCACAACUGUUAGAAAUUGUCCAAAAACCAAAGCCCGUCUUCUCGAACAAGGUGAUGUUACCAUUUCGAACUGUCCCAAAAGUAAAUGUACUCUAAAACGUAAUACCGAAGUCAGUAUUGAAAUGAAAAUCGUACCUAAUCGUGAUUUCAAAGAAUUAAAUUCCGAUAUACAAGGCAUUAUCCUAGAUGUUCCUCUACCGUUCCCCGGUUAUUAUGGCACCAGCGCUUGUCCCAAUAUCUACGAUGCUGAGGGUAAAAAACAAGUGGGUUGUCCCCUAAAAGCCGGUGAAACUUAUAUUUAUAAGAAUAGUUUUAAGAUUUUACCCAUUUAUCCCACGGUUAGCUUAGAUAUCCAUUGGGGUUUGGGUGAUAAGGAGGGUGAUGCUGCCUGUUUCCAAGUACCAGCUAAGAUUAAAGCUUAAGUAGUGGGGAAGGGAGAUUUUGAAUAGUUUUUUUAUGUUUUUUCAACUCUUUUUUAUAUUUAAAAAUUUAAUUUCUUGUUUUAUAGCAUUUUUAAUGUGAUAUUUAGAAAUAUGUUUAUUAUUUAAUGAACAUUUUUGUAUUGGAAUUU